CAAAAAAGAAAAUUAUUUAUAUAAACACAAGUACUAUAUUCCUACCCUGACCUUGUGCUAAGAAGAGAAAAAUUCUGGAAGAAAAUAUCUGAACAAAAUAAACUAUUUAUGGCCACUACUGCGAUGGGAAGUUGUGCUGUAGCUAAAAAUGCAAUUUGUAAAUGCCAAAGUUCAGUGACCAACUUCUGUUUAAAAUAGUUACUGAGACAGUACUAAACACAUGCUGCAGUUACUAAUACUUGCUAACACAGCACCUAUCUUCCUGUACUCACACAUCAUCAGUUUGAGCAGAUACUAAUUUCACCAUCAGCAUUUGCCAAUGCAACCAAACUGGGAUUCUCCUGGCAAAAUGCCUCUGUAGGUAUUUCAAAAUGAAACGUCCACCGAACAGACGGAGCCUGUGCCUUCAACGGGGGCGCACUAAAUCAAAGCAGCUAACGAAACGAAAUGCAACCAUUUGUGAAGCGGAAUCUGCCGACCCCUCCCGGGCAGGUCAGCUCUGCUCCGGGCCCCGCAGCCAGUGCCGCAGACAGCACGGCAGCCUCGCCGGCGGGGCCGGACCCGCGGGGACAGCGCCGGGAGCCCGGGUCCGAGCCCGUGAGGGGAAGGGGCAGCGCCGGGAGCCCCGGUUCGAGCCCGAGAGGGGAAGGGGCAGCGCCGGGAGCCCCGGUUCGAGCCCGAGAGGGGAAGGGGCAGCGCCGGGAGCCCCGGUUCGAGCCCGAGAGGGGAAGGGGCAGCGCCGGGAGCCCCGGUUCGAGCCCGAGAGGGGAAGGGGCAGCGCCGGGAGCCCCGGUUCGAGCCCGAGAGGGGAAGGGGCAGCGCCGGGAGCCCCGGUUCGAGCCCGAGAGGGGAAGGGGCAGCGCCGGGAGCCCCGGUUCGAGCCCGAGAGGGGAAGGGGCAGCGCCGGGAGCCCCGGUUCGAGCCCGUGAGGGGAAGGGGCAGCGCCGGCGGGGCCCGGGGCCGCCCCGCGCGCUCCGCUCACGCCGUCACGUGACGGCGCGUGCCGGGUCGCCCGGCAACGGCCCGCGGCCCGGGAAGAUGGCGGCGGCAGCGGCGGGGCGGCGGCGGAGGGGCGGCGCCCCACAUCAUUUGAAAGAAAAGGGUGUUCUAGAUGAGUGUUUCCUUCCAAAUGAAGCAGAUCUUCGUCAGGUCAUUAUAUUUCCAAAAGCAGAAUGGGAAAGGAUUCAGGGCAGCAUUAGAGAAGCAGCACACAUCGAUGAGAAGAAAGAACAGGAAGAAGUGCACUUGGACUCCAAAGCUGCUGGAAAAGACCCGCCCAAUGCCACUCUGAGCCUGAUACAACAGAAACUUCAAGCCAAAAAAUUACGUGAAGAAAAGGAAGAGGAGGAAAGAAAGUUACUUGAUUUGGAAGAAGCAAAGUUCCAAGCAGCAAAACGGCAGGAAGUUAUUGACCGUACAAAAACCUACCUACGUUAUCAGGACGACAGAAUGAGACAGUUCCAUAGUGCACUUCUACUUACUAAGGUCCUAAAAGAAAGAGAUGCUCAAGUUGAAUUUCUGAAGUCAAGAUUAGCUGAUAACAGAAAGAAGGAUUAUGAGGAACAACAACGCCAAUUUAAAGAAUACCUUCGCAGCGAGCAAGAGAAAGUACAGCAGCAUUACAGGAAUCAACAGGCGCUACGCAAAGAUCAGCUACAACAAAUAAAAGAGUGUGAGCAUCAGGCAGAUCUGGCCAAACAGGAAAAAAAAAGAGAAGGGGAAGAAAUACAGAGAUCAAUCCAACUGUACCAACUAGAAGUUCAGAGAGAAAAAGAAAAGAAACACAAGGAAAAAAUGGAAUGCCGGAAGCUGUAUCAUGAGUAUUUAAAUGACCAGAAAAUAAUCAAAGCAAUAGAGGAACAAAACCAAAUGGAAGAAGAUGAUCGGAUCAAAGCUCAUUUGAAAGCAAAGGAAAUCCUUGCCCGGAUGAGAAAAAAGAAAGAAGCUGAAAUACUUAGACAAGCACAAGAACGACAGGACAACAUCAUUAGUCAAGUAACUGAAAAAAUGACUGAGGUAGUAAAGAUGGAAGGUAAACGACAGGCUAGAGAUGCUGCAAGAAUAGAAGCUGAACAUGAAAAAAAAUGCAGAGAGAAAGAAGCAAAACAGAAGGCUGCCCUUGAAUCUAUUGCUGAACACAGAGCCACUGCGAUGAAGCUGAAAGAGGAAAAGGAGAGACAGGAGAAAGAAGAGGCUGAAAAAGAACGUGAUGUGUUAAUGGAAAAAGACCGCAUCUACCUGGAAAUGGAAAAGAACAAAAAACAUGGAUGGCAUGAGGCAGAGAGAGAAGUACAAAAAAUUCAGCUCCAGCAAAUGGCUGAAAAGAAGGCAAGAAAAGAGCAGGAAAAGCAAGCAGAAUUGGACUAUGAUGCUCAGACAGCAGCUCUUGCACUUGCUAAAGAGCAUGAGUUUCAGAAAUAUGCAAAGGAAUUAAUAGAAACAGAGUCCAAGACUACACAUCAUCUUUAUCCUAUUCUCAAAGCAUGUGAAGAUGGAAGAGGACGUGGUCAUGGGCCAUUUUUCUGAGAAAAGAAGAAAUAAAUACUAGUAUAUAUAGUAUUCAUAUAAUUCUGUGUUGGGACCCAGUUACCUUAUUGUAGGUGUAGUGCUGCUCAAGAAACAAAAAUAUGAAAUAAUGUUUAAACUGUUCACCAAGGGAGGGCAGAAGCUAUUUUCAAGUUAAAUAAAUAUGCUUUUCAACCA